ACCUUUACUGCUUGACUUGUCUUACUGAAGUAGAUGGAAGCUAGUCCUUAUUGGUAACUAAGCAUUUGGACGAGCAAAUGAACCAUUAAGACCUCCUUCCUCGGAAACAUUACACACCAAAGUUUUGAAAUUAUGGAUGGAUCAUUCUCUACUGACCCAGAAGCAAAUGUGUCAAGCUCUAGUGCCGAACAAAGAGGCAACUGGAUCACCUUCCCUUUUGUUACAGGGACCAUGGUGGGCUUGACACUUCCUUUUGUAGGAUAUCUGUCCAACAUUAUUGUUUAUCUUAUUGAAGAAUUCAAUUUCGAGAGAAUUAAUGCUGCUCAGCUUUCCAAUGUGGUCAUCGGUGGCAACAAUAUAUUUCCUCUUGUUGGAGCUAUAGUUGCCGUUGUCACUAUAUCUUCCUGUAUCUCUUUUAUGGGGCUGCUGCUUUUGGUCUUAACUGCACUAUUUCACUCUUUGAGGCCUACACCUUGUGAAAUAGGAUCAACUCUAUGCCAGACCCCGUCAAGAUUCCAAUAUGCAGUACUAUAUUGAUCCUUGCUUAUGGCAUCUGUCGGCUUUGGAUCUCGAUAUACAACAAUGGGAACAAACCAAUUCAAUAAACCUGAGCAUCAGAAUACUUUCUUCAACUGGUUUUUCUUCACUCUGUAUUCUUCUUCUGUUAUUGGUGCUACAGCCAUCGUCUUCAUAGAAGAUGUUAGUUGGGCACUCGGAUUUGGCCUAUGCCUUGCUGCAAAUUUCAUUUGUCUAGUCAUUUCUCUGCAUGGGAAUCGAUUAUAUCGGCAUGAUAAGCCAGAAGGAAGCCCAUUCACAGGCUUAGCUCGUGUAGUUGUUGCUACUAUUAACAAGAGGAAGGUCCUAUUAUCAACUAGGAGGGAGGAAUAUUACUAUGAGAAAGAUGCAAAGGGAAAGGGGGUAGCUGCUUCAGUACUGACGAAGAGCUUCAAGUUCUUCAACCGAGCAGCAAUGCAAACUGAAGGUGACAUCAAGCCAGAUGGGUCCAUUGCAAAACCCUGGAGAAUCUGCUCAGUACAGCAAGUAGAAGAUUUCAAGACACUAAUCAGAACUUUCCCAAUAUGGUCAUCAAAUAUAUUUGUUGCCACUCCAAUAGCAGUCCAAGCAAGCUUGACUGUACUCCAAGCUCUAGCCAUGGACCUUCACCUUGGACAACAUUUCCAAAUCCCAGCUGGCUCUAUUUCAGUACUAGUACUAAUCAAUAAUUCUAUUAGCGUCCCUUUGACUGAUCGGAUUUUCUGUCCCUUCUGGCAGAUGCUACGACAAAAAUCUCCAACCCCAUUUCAAAUAAUAGGAGUAGGCCAUAUGCAUGUGCUAAGCAUGGUUGUUUCAGCUGUGAUAGAGUCGAGGAGGCUAAGAAUAGCUCAUGCUCAUCAGCAUCAGGAUAACCGGGACGGUUCUACUAGGACUAUGUUAGCGUUGUGGCUACUUCCGCAACUAGUUUUGGUUGGAAUGGGAGAAGCAUUUUAUUACAAAGAAUUUCCAGUCUCACUCCGUAGGACAAGAACUGCUAUAAUUGCUUUUAUUGUUGGGGUAUCUUUCUAUUUAAGCACAGCUUUGAUUCCUCUUGUUCGAAGUGUUACAGAUUGGUUACCGGAUAAUAUAGAUGAUGGAAGGAUUGAUAAUGCGUAUUGGGUGAUGGUGGGGUUAGGGGUUCUCAACUUUAUUUAUUAUCUGGUUUGUGCCAAGUUGUACCUUCAUCAGAAUGUUGAAAAGGCUGCUAAGGAAAGUUCAUCAGUUUCUAAUAGUGAAUAAAUUGAUGCAGGAGAAAUCAAGAAAAUGGAUGUAGUUAUACCAGUGAUAUAAAUAUUAUACUUUUCGUUUUUCUGCACUAAUCAAAUAUGAAUUUUCUGGUUAGUUUUUUAUUA